GUGAAAAAGCAGGGGCCGGACAUAAAAGAAAGAAAGGUUGGCAGGCUCCCUGUUAAAAAUUAAAAUAGAACAAGUUGUGGUUAAAGAGAAGAGUGAAGAGCUGUUCUGGUCAAUUGAAAAGAAGUAUUUAGGAAUGGAAGUGGGAAUCAAUUAGGGUUCGCUAAAUCAGAAGAGGGGAAAAGAAAUUAUGCAAGGCACAGGAGCCCUGAUGUAUUAGAUAGAACAGGGAAACUGAGCUCAUCCAUUGAAGAAUCCCUGUUUUUUUCUCUCUUUCUUUCUUUUUGGGUUUUGGCAGAGAUGAGGGAUUGCGAGCUCUGCGAUCUUCCUGCGAUGAUGUAUUGUGAAUCUGACCAGGCCAGUUUAUGCUUGGAAUGUGAUGCAAAAGUUCAUGGUGCUAAUUUCCUGGUAGCUCGGCAUUCGAGGUGCCUUUUAUGCCAAGUUUGCCAGUGUCCAACUCCAUGGCGAGCUUCUGGUUCAAAGCUUGGAUCCGCCGUUUCGUUAUGUGAGAAAUGCGUCAACAGUCGCCAUAAACAACAAUCACAGCACGAAGAAGAGGAAGAUGGAGAAGAGGAAGAAGAAGAGGAGGAUGAGGAGGAGGAAGAAAUGGAUGAUGAGGCUGAUAAUGGAGAAAAUGUAAGUGAUGGAGACAGUGAAGAUGGGGAGAACCAGGUAGUUCCAUGGUCUCUCACUCCUCCUCCUCCUCCUCCUCCUCCUUCACGCUCUGUACCUUUACCGAGUUCAAGCAGCGAGGAAUCAUCCCAGGGCCGCCUCAAUAUGAAACGACUCCGUGAUAAUGCCGAUCUUCAUUAUCAGGAAGGCUUUGGCUCUUCUUCUUCUUCUCCUCAGAGAGGCAAUGAUCAAGCUCGGAGCUCAGGCGAGGAUGAAGCAAAUUCGAUUAGUUCAUGCCGGCCAUUAAAAGACAGAAAGAGAGAAUCCAUGAUUUCAGUAAGACAAAGAAGCUAUGCCUCAAAAUCCGACAUAGUCCAGGCUCUAAGAAGGUUACAGCAACAGAGAAGCGAUCCUAAUUCCUCUUCUAUUAAUUGCAGGAUUAGCAAAGAUCAUUCCCCUGUUGAUGUUCUUUCUACUGGCUCUGAAAGCCCUCCAGUUUAAGGUACCCAUUAUCCCCCCAUUUUAACCCCCUUCCCGGUCUCUUCCCUCACUUAACAACCCUCCAUUAUCAGAUCUAACCAACCACCACAGGUUGAAGACCCGCUAUGUAUUUAGAUUUAACAGUGGUUAAUCUCUCCAUUAAAACCCAAAUCGAGCAUUUAUUAUUUGAAGUACUGUACUUGUUUCUGAUGAAUUGCACUGUAGUUUUGGAAGGUCUUUGAAAAAAAUGAGAUUAUG